UUUUCAUUUCUAAAUUCUUUUCCGGGCGGACUGUGAACUGCAGAACUCGCUUGAUCCCGCCUCCUGUUUUUAAGCUCACUGUCGCGCCCUUCCGACGACGACGGCGACGAAAUACACUCGAAAAGCUCGUUCCGGAGUCGAGAAAAGUGAAACAUUAGUGCCGCCGCUUCCGCCCACAAACGCUUCUUCUUUUCGGCCUCUCUUUCAUUCUUCAGCUGCACCUUUAGAGUAAUUGUUGUCAUUGCACGAGCUUUUCCUUUUCAGCUCUUACUAUGGAAACCGACGAGGCCGAGCGUGUGCUUCCUUUUCAGCUCCAAUUUGACAAGUCUAUUGCCUCUCAGGUUAAAAUUGCCGAGUGGAACCCCGAAAAAGAUUUGCUCGCCAUGGUCACUGAAGACUCGAAGAUUUUGCUCCACCGUUUCAACUGGCAGAGGUUGUGGACUAUAUCGCCUGGAAGAUCCAUAAAAUCGUUAUGUUGGAGGCCUGAUGGUAAGGUGAUAGCAGUUGGACUUGAAGAUGGGACAAUUUCAUUGCAUGAUGUUGAAAAUGGGAAGUUGUUGAGAAGCAUGAAGUCUCACGAAGUUGCUGUGGUUAGUCUAAACUGGGUGGAGGAUAGCCAGUUAAUUACAGACAUAAAUGAAAACUUGUCAGCUUAUGAAGAUCGUACUAGUCGUAUUUUCCCUCCUGCUCCUACUGUUCCUCGAAUGCAUGGACUUGUUUCGGGGGACACUGGUUUCAUUGAUGACAGUGAGGACUCGUUUACAGAGUUGUCAAAUUCUUCACAACAACGGUUUAACAUCUUGUGCAGCGGUGACAAAGAUGGAAGCAUCUGUUUUAGUAUAUUUGGCAUUUUUCCAAUUGGAAAAAUAAACAUACACAAGCUUCAUAUUCCUCUUCAAGUUCAAGAUGCUGGUGCUUCAUAUCACCUUCUGAAUGCUGAAAUUUACAAGGUUGCUUUAUCAAAAGAUCUUUGUCGUUUGAUAGUCAUGUGCUCAGGAGAACUUGUUGGAGAUGGACAUGAUCCAAGAAAUAGACAGACUAACGUUCAAGGUGUGCAUGGCAUGCAUUCUUUAGUGCUUGAUACUUCAAUAUUUAGGAAGAGGAAAAGUGAGCUGCAUCAGGUAGCUCAACAAGCUUCUAACAUUGGGGAGUUGAUUGAGGUAAUCAGGGUAUCAUUAUCAGUUAUGAGUAAGCAGUGGUCUGAUGCCAUGCACACUUUCCGGGAGAAGUUUGAUGCUUUAUCCAUGCUGAUUAUUAACCAUGGACUUGACUCAUCUCCUCAAGAAGAAUUUCUUAGCCUGUUGGGUGGUGCACGGACUAGUCAAUCGAUUCACCAAUUUUUAGUUAACUCUCUUGGUGAAGUGGGUGCAAAGCGUGUGUCUAAGGCUAUUUCUAGUGCUGGAAGUGAACUCCAACUUAUUGUCCUCGAUCACCUUCAGCCUGCUGUAGAAAUCAUUGGAUUCCGGAUGGGUGAACUACUAGGCCUUUCAAGAUGGCGUGCACGUUUUCAGGGAGUUGGUUUGGACGAGGAGCUUAUAAAUAAUGCAAUGGAAAAAGCUGGUAUGUUACUUGUGCAAGUUGACCGUUUUAUGAGGGUGCUUUCAACAGUGUUGCAGCAGUUCUCAAAUUUCUUUAACUGGCUUAUAAGAUGUAUAAAACUACUUAUGUCGGAGCCAAGCGAUCAGCUUCUACCAUAUAAUAGUGAGCUUGUUAUCAUUUUCUUGAAGUUUUUGUACAAUCAGGACCCUGUCAAGAAGCUGCUUGAAGCAUCUGAAAAUGACGACAGUAUUGAGAUUGACUUGGAAAUUAUUGAAAGAGUAAGAGAAUUAACUCUAUUUGGGGGAUUCUCAGAUUGUGGAUUUUUAAGGAGAACGCUUGGUAUGGAAUUUCAGCAGAUGGAAUCUAGUUUUAAGGAAGCUUUCCUUAUGCCCUUUAGUACAAUCUCAAGGAAAAUACUUUGUGAAGACCUGUUGUCCCUGUUCCCCUUUCAAUCCUCGUCUAGCUGCUUGUCUUCCAGUGUUCCUCUUUCAGUAUCAUACUAUGAGGAUUCCUCUGAAGCUGUUUUUGCCCCUCAGAGUUGUCAGCAGAAGUUUAUCGAUUAUAUAUCUUUCAAAAUCCCAGAUGACUCUUCUGCAGAUAUUGCAAAUUGUGUAGGCAUAGCCAGGGGAUUUGUUCAUGAUCUGAGCUGCUCAAACGAGGAUUACUCUUCAUUUGAAGCAAUCUUAGUAUCUAUUCCUGAUGGAUCCAAGUGUGUUGAUCUGUCUUUGUAUAAGGAUGGACAAAUUGUUUUGUUAUUAAAUGAAACUGCUUCUACUUCUGAAAGCUGUGUUAGUUCCUAUAUGAUGGUUGUGCAAGCAAAUGACCUUCCAUUUGCACCUAUGUCAAGAUCUCCCAGUCUGGACGAUUGGAAGGUUCAUCAACUUAAGGACUAUGUUGUCCCAUUGCAAAUGGAGAAUGAAAAAGUCCGCAACAUUCCUCAUGCUGUUGUUCCUCCUCUGGCUGUUAGUGCAUCCAGAGGAGUGGCUUGUGUUUUUGGUGCAAGAAAACGUGCACUGGUCUACAUCUUAGAGGAAGAUGAAGAUGAGGCAUCAGAUGCUGAAUGAAAUGCACUCAAUGAUUGUGCUUCUUAUCCUUUGCAACCAAUUGGGUUGUUGCUGUCUGUGACUUGUCGAUGGGACAGAUUUCUCCGUCACGAGAUAC